GAGGAGACAAGUGCAGACUCCGUUUGGUGAAGAUGAAGAUUCUGGUUCUAGUGCUAUGUGUGAGUGUGGUAUGCCUGGCCACCCCAUCGCCCCCCAAGGACUUCGGGACAGGCCUACGGAAGCUCAAGAUGUCUGAUAAAAUACUGUUAGAGAGACAGAAAAACAUCUUGAGGCUCUUCAAAAACAUCAACCAGAUAUGCAGCUGCAAAGACGAGCUGCAGAUAGCCACUACAUACUCCAUUGAGGAAAGAAGUAGCGACUACACAAACUCUCAAGUGGUAAAACAAUUCCUAACCUUCUACAAGCAAGGCCUGCUUCCUAGGGACCGAAUCUUCUCGGUCCUCAACGAAGUGCACCUGAAGCAAGCUAUAACCUUGUUCAAACUCUUCUACUACGCCAAAGAUUGGGACACCUUCUACAAGACUGCUGUGUGGGCCAGGAACCACGUCAAUGCUGGCAUGUUUGUCUACUCCUUGUCCGUAGCGAUGGUGUUCAGAGCUGACACUUACGGCCUCGUCGUACCAGCCAUUUACGAGGUUUUACCCAUGGCAUUUUUCAGUAGUGAAGUCGUACAAGAAGCGGAAGUCUUCAAACAGAAGUUGAAGGACAGCAACGAAAUGCAACGGCACACAAUAGUGUCUAACUAUUCCGGAUACUAUCUGAAUCUACACCCUGAGCAGUCUAUGUCAUAUUACACCGAAGAUAUAGGUCUCAACGCCUUUUACUACUACUGCAAUGUUUAUUAUCCCUUCUGGAUGGAUGGUGAAGAGUUCAAGCUGAAAAAUGAUCGUAGAGGCGAACAGUACUACUACCUUUACCAGCAGUUACUGGCAAGGUACUACCUUGAAAGGUUAUCUAACGACUUUGGCGAAAUAGAUAUGGUGUAUUGGGAUGAACCUGUUAAAACCGGAUAUUACCCAUCACUUACCUACCCUAAUGGCCUAGAGUUCCCAUCAAGACCGAAUUUCGCAAAGUUAUCUGAAUAUUUCUACAACUAUGGCCAGUCAUGGUCGUUCAAGUCCAGAUACGGCUACAGCUAUACCUUGGUUAAGGACUACGAAAGAAGAAUCAGGGACAUCAUUGAUUGGGGAUACAUUCCAACAAAAGACGGCAAACAGAUAGAGCUGUACACCCCCGAAGGCUUCGACAUCCUAGGAAAUAUCAUCGAAAGCAAUCCCUGCUCCCCCAACACCAAAUACUUCGGACCCUUGCAGAUAUACGCGCGCCACCUUCUGGGCUAUGCCCCUCAAUCCCUCAACAACUUGGACGUCGCGCCAUCAGCUUUAGAACAUUUCGAAACCGCUUCCAGAGACCCAGUCUUCUACCAGUUCUACAAAAGAAUUGUACUACUUUUCCAGAGAUACAAGACGAACCUCCCUCCUUAUUCGUACAAAGAGAUGUCCUUCCCUGGCGUGAAGGUCGAAAAAAUAGACGUUGAUCGUUUGACCACUUACUUCGACUACUUUGACACUGACGCUACCAACAUGGUGUACCUAACCCCUGAAGAACUGGAAAAAGAGAAUGUCCAGAUAAGAGUUAGACAACAGAGACUUAACCACAAGCCUUUCUCUUUCAGAAUCAACGUUAACUCUGAGACUGCUCAAGACGCAGUGGUGAGAGUGUAUUUGGGCCCCAAAUAUGACGAGUUUGGAAGAAAAAUCAACAUGCAAGAGAACAGACUCAAUUUCAUGGAGCUCGAUCAGUUCAUAUGGCAGCUUAAGGCAGGCAAGAACACGAUAGAACGCAACUCCAGACAGUUCUAUUGGCACAUACCUGAUAGGACGUCUUACAGAGACAUCUAUAAGAAGGUUUUGGGAGCUUUGACUGAUGGAGAAGAAGUGCAACUUGACGCCAGCGAAGCUUUCUACGGCUUCCCCAACAGGCUUCUUCUACCCAAAGGCAAACCCAAUGGUCAAGUCUUCCAAAUGUACGUCAUCGUGAACCCUUACAAGGCUCCCAGUUUCCAACAGAAGAAACAGGAAACUGACUAUUACUUCCAUCGUAUUGGUACUGGCAACAACUACGUGGACAACUACGCUUUCGGAUAUCCUUUCGAUAGACUUAUUGACGAAUACAACUUCUACGUGCCCAACUCUGCUUUCAGGGACGUGGUCAUCUACCACAAAAGCCUGGACGAAGUCAACUCAUCUCAAGCUCAAAACGAGCCUUGAAUUGUUAACUUUUCCUGUCUAUCUCGAGCAUAUCUCUAACAUUAGAUUUACCGUAUGUUAACGUUUGUAACUGACCAAGCAAUAAAGUUGUAUGGGUAUACUAUUUAAAACAAA